AUGUACGCUAGUAUUGAUACCGAGAUAUCACGUGAUGAGACUGUAACCAUGGCAAUGUCUUCCCACCAAAGCAACACAGACAUGUCGCCUCCUCCAGAUGUGCAACAGGACUCAACAGUUCGGAAGGAGCACUUGCCGACUAUUGCAAGGGCAUUGGACAGGUGGCUGGACGCAGACACAGAGGGUAAGAAUCUGGUGGUGGGAGAACUUGUGGAAGAGCUUCUUGGUGGCAUUGAUGCCGAUCAGGCAGGGCGUGGGCAGCUGGCCAAGGCUAUUUCGACAAUACUGGGGACCAUGGGAUAUCCUAGCAAGAAAAAGGGCAUCUGGAAUCAACACAAUGUCUUCCAGGAGCUCAAGGAGGCCGACAUCGUUGCAAAGCGGCCAUUGGCAUGGGAGAAACAUCACCCAGGGGCACCAUUACCCGAGAAGUGGAAUGACCUGGCAGUGCACUCCACUGCCCGGAGCCUCGCAUACGCCGACCUUUCCGACGAGGAUGCGGGAGCUAUGAUGGCCAUAGCGGAUUUGUGGAAUAACUCCACACUUCCUCCUGACAUUGCCGAAAUCGGUUACUUCAAAAAUGUCGGCCCAUACACGAGUGAUUAUCUCAUCAAGUUACAGCGGCACCUCCGGACGUAUGCCUUCGUCAUGUGGGUGCACACAAACACCGACGGAAAGACAUGGAACAUUGGAAGCUCUGAUGAUCUGGUGGUGAACCAUAACCAGCCCACUUUCCUCGACUACAUAGGGGAAGAAAAUGCGACGAUGUUGUGGAAGUGGUGGGAUGGCUACAUCCAGAAACAUCAUGAGCAUCCAUCUGACGCCGACAAGAGUAACCAGGAAGGUGUGACUAGUGAUGGUGUGGCUGGAAAAGGGAAGAGGAAGAAAGAGAAGGUCGAGUUCACUUUUGAGAGGUACGAGGACGGUUACCCCAUUCUCCCCAACCCCUCCGGCAUCAAAGUUGUCCGAGAACGUCAAACUUUGUGCCGCGAGUGGUUGAGGGCUGUCCUUUUGCACAAUAUGGAUUUUAUCCUGCCAUGGGUGACAGUCCCCUGGGGAACUACGUCGGACAAAUUCUCUCAGUCGUUCACAUCGGAAUCAAUCUUCCCUCCAGGGACUUGUCGGCUAAAUGACCCGUCCAAGAUAGGAGACACAGAGGUCGAUAGUCUGCUCGACCUGUGGUACAGCAAACAACAGACCAAGGAAUGCUACAGGCCGGUCAAUUUCUCCACAGAGCUGGUUGAAGAAAAACUCGGUAGCAAAGGCCGACAGAAAAGGGACAAGAAACGAGCACUGGCCUCCAUUGCGCCUGGGACUGUGCAAGUUGCUACUGCCAAUCCGGCAAAGACCAAGAACCCACGAUAUGUUGCACUGAAGAAGAAGAAACAGGAGAAGAUCAAGGCUAGAAAGCAGCGGCAAGAGACCACCGAACUCGAUGCUCACACAGAGGACGGUAUUGCAAGCCAAGCUAGUGAUGUCGACAUGCCAGCAGCCAUACCCACACGACCACGGGCCGAUGCACUUCGGAAACAGAAACUCACCGCGGCCCUGGCCCAGAAGAGUCCUUCUUUGCCUCAAGCCGACACAUCUGAGGAUGCCGACGGAGUUGGGGACAUCUCCCAAUUUGACUGGAUGGAAGAUCAUCACCAUGCUGACAAUGGAUUACCAACUCCACCAAAUACCACAGACCAGGAGGAAGAGACCGAUGACGAGAGCUUGCAGUCGGGUAUUCUGCCAGCACGACCGACCAAGCGUCGUCGGAUUGGGUCUCCCGACACCGACAGUGGGGACGAAGAGGUCGAGGCACUAUUGACAAGUAACGAGUCCGAAGUUAGCCACGACGAGGAUACCGAUGUCGAGGCCGACGAUAUCAACUUCGAUGACAUCGACUUUGAGAUGAUGUCCAGGCCGUCAACUCGGCCUUCGGGAUGUGCGCCAACAUCCAACUGGGCCCCCAGCCAAAUCAAGCCGACACAGAACCAACCAAGAAUAUUCACCCCACCGGCACAGAGGCCAGUCCACAACGUGUGGCCAAUAAACCUGGUCAUGUAG